UCCUAUUGGUCUAUCAUAUUCGAGAGCUCGAUUAUGUCGAAACAUAAUAUAUAUCGAAUAAAAUCGAUUACUACAAUAUCGCAAAGAGAAGCAAUGGCCUUUCCUUCGUGAUCACAGUCAUAGAAAGGAACUAAUAAUGGCGGACACUGCUCCAGCCGCGCGUGGAGGUUUUCGUGGAGGUUUUGGUACUCGUGGUGCUGGCGGAGAUCGUGGAGGUCCCCGAGGAAGAGGUCGUGGCGGAAGAGCAAGAGGACGCGGCCGUGGUCGUGGCAAAGAAGAUAGUAAAGAAUGGAUACCUGUUACUAAAUUGGGCCGUUUAGUUAGAGAUGGAAAGAUACAGUCUUUAGAACAUAUUUACCUCUUUUCUUUACCUAUUAAAGAAUAUGAAAUUAUCGAUAAAUUUCUUGGGUCUGAUCUUAAAGAUGAAGUCUUAAAAAUCAUGCCGGUCCAAAAGCAAACUAGAGCAGGUCAACGCACCCGUUUUAAGGCCUUUGUAGCAAUUGGAGAUACCAAUGGUCAUAUUGGUUUAGGAGUGAAAUGUUCUAAAGAGGUGGCCACUGCUAUCCGUGGUGCUAUUAUCCUAGCUAAACUUUCUGUAGUACCUGUACGCAGAGGUUAUUGGGGAAAUAAAAUUGGUAAACCACAUACAGUACCUUGCAAAGUAACUGGUAAAUGUGGAUCUGUACAAGUGCGUUUGAUUCCUGCACCUAGAGGUACAGGAAUUGUAUCAGCACCUGUUCCUAAAAAACUCUUGCAAAUGGCUGGUAUUGAGGAUUGUUAUACAUCAGCCAGAGGAUCUACUUGCACCCUGGGUAAUUUUGCAAAAGCAACGUAUGCCGCUAUAGCUAAGACUUAUGCUUAUCUAACACCAGAUCUAUGGAAUGAACAGCCUUUACUUAAAGCACCAUAUCAAGAAUAUGCUGAUUAUUUGUCAAAAACUCAUAAAACUGUAGCAGGCCAGCGAGCUGCAGAAGUUGUUUAAAGAAUAAACUUGGACUCAAUGAGAACCCCCUAA